UCUGCCCUUUUAUUCUUCUAUCUAUCCUUUUGGAUUUCUUGAUGGAACAUUGGUAAACAAUAUUUGCUUUUGAAAUUAUUAUCCAGGACACAAUUGAAAUGCAUUGAAUACAGCUGUAUUAACUUUAUAACAAUAGCUUGAACUUUUGCCAUUUUCUGUAAAGUUCUGUCAUUUGAACCUAGGGCCCUGUGGGUCAUUCUCAUCCUUCUUUGUUGUUUGUAAUGCUGCCUAGUAUCCAGUAGCUUUAAUCUUAUUUGUUAGGAUUUAUUCAACCAUUUAACAUUGGAGGUGCCCAGUGUUCAAUUUUAAUUAAUGGAAAUUAUUUGAUUAUCUGAUAAAACAUGACGGUUGCGUUUUAUAUCCAAAAAAUCCCAGCUAUCACUCCAAAAACAUAAACAAUAUAAAACAUGAACAGAAAGUUGAUGCCUGACCUGCCCAGCCCAGUAAACAGGAAUCAGGUUAAACAGACGCACUCUUCUAUUUAGGAUUGGUCAUGCAUUGGCUCACACACAUACACAUCCCUGCUAUAAGUGUCACUGUUAAUGAAGGCCAAUGACAUGAGUGUCAUACAGAGAUAUCUCCUGGAUGUCAAUUAAAGAGGUUUUGUCUGUGAGGGCGUGUGGUCAUUUGAAGGAGCUGUGUAUACUACAAACCCAUCAAGGCAUUUGACUACUCAUGUGGAAACCAGCUCCAGUCAUGUGCUUCUGUGUUCUCAGAUCUGCUCCUAAUGCCAACAGAGUUAUGGGAAGGUUGCAUACUCUGGAUGCGAGAUGGCCGUCGACGGUGACUAUGACUAUCUGAUCAAACUGCUGGCACUUGGAGACUCGGGGGUGGGGAAGACCAGCUUCCUAUACCGAUACACUGACCAACAUUUCAACCGCAGGUUCACCACCACUGUGGGCAUCGACUUCAGGGAGAAGAGAGUGAACUACAUGGGGACAGGGGCUGAUGGGACGUCCCAGAAGAACCUGAAGGUCCACCUCCAGCUCUGGGACACAGCUGGACAGGAGAGAUUCAGGAGCCUCACCACAGCCUUCUUCAGAGACGCCAUGGGCUUCCUGCUGAUGUUUGAUCUCAGCAGUCAGCAGAGUUUCCUCAACGUCAGGAACUGGAUGAGUCAGCUGCAGGUUAACGCCUACUGCGACAGCCCAGACAUCGUGUUGGUGGGGACCAAGGCAGACCUCCAAGACACCAGGGAUGUCCAGGUGGAGCAGGCCAGAGACCUGGCAGCCCGAUACGGCAUCCCGUACUUUGAGACGAGUGCGGCCACGGGCGUGGCAGUGGACGAGGCGGUGCGUGCGCUGCUGGGCUUGGUGAUGAAGAGGAUGGAGCAGAGCGCGGAGCCGAGCGGCGCCGCGCCCAACGGCAGCGCCACCGUCAGCCAGGAGGUGACGGACACGCCGGUCAGGGGAGGCUGCGAGUGCUAGGAGAGGAGCUGGACUUGUUUUGUACUCCCAGAACUUUGUUUUAGCCUUGUAUUUUACAAACCAAAAACAUUUUGAACAUGUUGUUACCCAUUGGGGGGUAAUGGGGUCACCCUCCCUCCCCAAAUUAUGUUUUGAGAUGCGGGUUCAAGUGGAGAUAAUGGGGGGGUGGUUGGGAACAUCGUAGAAAAACUGAGACCAUCCAGAGCCCGCGGGGAGGGUCUCCCGAGGUCCAGCAGAUCUUUCCUGUUGAGGCCCCGCCCACCUCGCAGACGGUGUAAUCCACUACAAGAUGACUGGUUGGUUUAUGAUGUUAUUUUAGACCCCAAAGGUUGAUAGAACUAGAAUUGGUAAGUAAGAUCAGCAUUGAAAGAUGUAUACCAUCAUCCCCUCCCACCUACAUAUACGUUCAGGUCUUGUUGACCAAGUGAAGAAUCAGAAUACACACGGUAUAACCUUUUAGUUUAUUCUUUGAAUAACAUCACAGCAUUGCUAAUACCCCUGUCAAAGCAGAGAAUAAUUAUUAAUUUUGAUAUAUAGUUGAUCUAUUAAUUAAUGAACCACAUUUUAAAAAUGGUCACCAUAGAGAAAAAUACUAUUUUUAUUUGACACAUUGUAGCAUGACUGGCAGGGAUAUGCAGGCUCAUGUAGAUGUGUUAUCAGGGAGUAUAUUCUCAAAGUGACAAAAAUAAACACUUCAGUCUUGGUUGUAGUCUUGUAUUUUAUAGGUGAACGACCAUUAUGUUAGUUGCCAUGAACAAGAUGUUAAGUCCUUUACAUAAAUCUAGACUUUUA